CAUUCGCGCCCUUCCAUGCCCUAACUCAUUCCCCACUUCCCCUCAGAAAAAAAAAAACUCAUUCCCCACAUCCCGCCCACCGCCCUGCGUCUGCCGCCCCGGCGAAACCGCAAGUCGCCAUGGAAGAUGAACCGGAGCGCGAGGGACGCGGCGAGACCUUCAGUCCGGAUCUGAUGCACGCGAUAUUCAAGCACGUGUGGAGCCGCCGGACUGAGCGGGGCGGCGGCGUCGACGAGGCCAUAGAAAUCGAGCAGCCUGCACCGGAGACGUCGAGGAGGACCAGGAGCACCACUGCCAAUGCGAGUGCGCUUCAAGUGAGCUGCGAGCUUCUUCGGAUGUUCGUCGCAGAGGCUGUUCAGCGCUGUGCUGUGAUUGCCGAAGCCGAGGGGACGACCAUAAUCGAGCCCACCCACCUAGAGCGAGUUUUGCCACAGCUUCUUCUGGACUUCUGAGGUGGUUCGUCAGGGCCAGGGAGCUUGUUAACCCGGCGACUUUCGCACAGGCCACAUCUCUGGCAUAGCAAUGGACUAAUCCCUAUAGUCUGCCAGUGUUGCACCGGCUGGAUCAUGUGGUCAAAUUGUUAGCCAACCAGUGUUGUGUUGCAUAUGCAGAUUUCGACAGUCUUCAGACAUAACCGAGGCACCUGAAACAAUCGACACCCUUGGAUUGUAAUGACAAGCCUGUCAAGCUGUCUGCGUAAACUUUUCCAUCCUUGUGCAGUUACCCUGCCCAUAUCUGGUUGCAGUUUCCUCUAAUAAAAUCUGAUUGCAAUUACACAAA